UCUAAUUAUCGCAAUUAAUAAAUAAUCGAUUCCUCGUGUAAAAAUGGCGACUGAUGGGUUUUAUUUGACUAGUGAUCCUCUUGGAGCCAAAUGUGACAAAAAAGAAACCACAAAUAUGGCAAUUGGAAGGACACUGCGUCCGAUUGUAACUGGUUCUUCAGUGCUGGGAAUUACAUUUUCUGAUGGCGUAAUGUUAGCAGCUGAUACACUAGGUUCCUAUGGCUCUUUAGCUAGGUACAGAGACCUCUCCAGAUUAUUGAAAGUCAAUGAUACCACAGUAGCAGCUGGUAGUGGGGACUAUGCUGACUUUCAGUACAUUGCAAGACUUUUUGAGUCAUUAAAUAUUGAGUCUGAUUCCUAUUGUGAUGGUCACAGUUACACUCCUCGGUCCUUCUAUUCCUGGUUAACUCGUGUUAUGUAUAAUCGCAGGACCAAAAUCAAUCCGCUCUGGAACACUGUCAUCAUGGGCGGUUACCACGACAACAAGCCGUUUUUGGGUGUGGUGAAUUCUUUGGGCGUCUCCUUUGAAGCCCCUACUUUAGCAACAGGAUUUGGAGGCUACAUAGCACAACCACUAAUGAGAGAUGCCUAUGAGAAGAAUCCCUCAAUGUCAAAAGAGGAGGCACAAAAAUUAUUAGAGAAAUGUAUGACUGUCCUGUAUUACAGAGAUGCAAGAUCAUGGAACAAAUAUGAGAUAGCUACCAUUACAACUGAUGGGGUCACCAUUACUGGCCCUAUGAAGUUAGAGGGUAAUUGGGAAGUUGCCAAUUAUGUGAGAGGCUAUGAUUAAUAAUAACAAUCACUAGUGGGCAUGCACAGUAACCAUUUGACCUCUAAGGAAAUGGGAUCUAAGUCUCUAAUUGAUCAAUUACUCUAUUGAUAUUGACUUAUUUGUUUAUUAUUUUUAAAAGAACAUUAGAACUAUA